AUGGCCCUGCGGGGCUAUGGACGCUGUGGGCGGGGCUCCGGGCAGCACCCCGCCCAGGGGCGGGGCCUGUGGCUCCCGGGCAAGGCCGCCGGGAGGCCGUCCCCGCCCCCGAGCCCGGGUCCGCCCAGCGGGUCCUAUAAAGGGAGGCGACGGCCGCCCGCCUGGCCCGCCUGGCCCGCCGGGCUGGCACCCACAGGCCGCGUCCGCCGCGGCGCGGAGCGCGGACCCUCCGCCGACUGGAAGCUGCGGCAGAAGGAGGGGGCGGCCACCGCCCGGGCUCCAGCCUCCGAAGUCGCCCCGGCCCGAACCCCGGCCUCCGGCGCCGGCGCUGGGCCCCCGGGGGACGAGCUGCACGCGGCGCUGGAGGGCUACCGCCCCGCCGAGCUGUGCCACGCGCUCGCCCUGUUUAGGGGGCACCCUGCCCCGCCCGAAGGGAAGCCUGGAAUUGCUCAUCGAGACUUAAAGUCGAAGAACAUCCUAGUGAAGAAAAAUGGCAUGUGCGCCAUUGCAGACCUGGGCCUGGCCGUCCGUCAUGAUGCAGUCACUGACACCAUUGACAUUGCCCCAAAUCAGAGGGUGGGAACCAAACAAUACCUGGCCCCUGAAGUGCUUGAUGAAACCAUUAACAUGAAGCACUUUGACUCCUUUACUAGUAAAUGUGCUCGUAUCUAUGCCCUGGGGCUUGCAUAUUGGGAGAUUGCUUGAAGAUGCAUUUCUGGAGGUACUUUUCUCUUCUGCCUUUUCUUGCUCCUGCCUCCCAGUCUAGGAUGCUGGGUCACCUGAGGAUGCUGGUGUUCUACUGCCUCCUUUCUUUUUACAACCUGUGGGGUGCCUAGUGACAGACUCCAUCAACCGCAGCGUUCUCAUCAAAUAUGAGGGAACCCUGGAGGUAGCUGUGCGAAGAAGGGUGUGUUCACUCUUUGGACCAGCUUCUAAAGUAGUGCUUUGCAUUGUGGUAAACAUUCUGGAGGCCUAUUUGGCUUUUUUAAAUUUUUAAACAGAUUGUUCUUGUUGGUCCGGGAGAUUGCGAAAGUCCUGGCAGGAAUAGCAUGGGACUACUGCAGGCGUCUCCUUGAUACAGGAGGCAUUGUAUGCGAACACACUGGCUCUCAAGCUGCGGCUCCUGGGGAACAUGGGUUCCAUUGACAAAUUGGUAGUGGUAAAGUCUCAAUUUGUAGGACAAAGCUUACCAGUGUGUAGAAUUUUCUCAAAAUGAGUUUUUCUCUUGUACUUUUUCUUAGAUCUUUGGAAUUUGCAACUGCUCACUCAUGUCAGAAUCCAGUACAAGGUAGUAUCAGAUUUAGCGGAGAACAUUUCUAUCCUCAGCUUAGUACAUCAGUAUUUUACAAUGACUUUUAAGUAUGCUGCCCUCAAGCUCAAGAACCACUGGAGCCCUGCCCUCAGCCAUUUAUCUUAAAUGUAAGAAAUUCCAGGUCAGGGGGAAUGAAUUAAGUGAAAUGAAAUGAAUUAAAAAGAACUGGUGAGUCUUCCAGCUAGACCCCUUUCUGUGUUACUGUCUUUUUCUAUCUAUGAUAUUUUUGGUAAGAUCCAAAUUAUGGAGAAGGCACCCAGGUGUUAUUCAUAGAAUUGUACAUCUAAAAUUUUGAUCCUUAUCUACAGAAAACAGAUUAAGAAAGUCUGGCCACACAGAUCUUAAACUGAGUAAGUUAAUACAUAGAGUGACGGGAGCACAGAUGAGGUGCCGAGGAAAGGACAGGCCCCUGCCCUCCAGGGGCUCCCUAGCUGGAACAGACUAGUAAAUAGAUAAUGACCAUGGACUGAGAUAAGUGCUAUGAUAAGGGUAGACACAGAAUGCUCUGGGAACACAGGACAAACAAGAGGUUGGGGUCAAGAGAGGUGACAUCUCAUCUAUUGUGGAGCAGGCAUUGGCCUGCUAAUUAAGGAGAAGAGGGAGUUUUAGUCAAAAUCAGUGUGUCACCAAGAACCACAGAUGUUCAGUAUGGCUAGUGCUUGUACUAAAAAUUAGUUAAUAAUCUUUAACACAUUUUUCCUUUCUUUGUAUUCUCAUCUAAUAUUUAUGAACAUGCAUUAGUUUUUAAUUACCCAAUUAACACAUGUGCAUGCUUGUAAAAGCUCAAAAUUGCAAAGUAUAGAAGGUAAAAGUUACAUAGAUGAACACAUGCUUCGUUUCUAUAGAGUUGUAUGUGUGGCUUUAUAUUUCUAUUUGUUUCGCUUAUUUUGUAAGUAUUUUCCUUAUCUUUAAUCAUCAUUAGUUUCAAUGACUGCAAAAGUUCCAAUUACUUUGUGUCAUACUAAUUUAGCUAUUCCCCUUUAACUGUAUGUUUUUAUUUCAUUUUUAACUAUUGUGUAAUGUUGCUAUAAAUAGAAUAUGUAUAGGUAUAUGUAUAUUUCUUCUUUUGAAUUAUUUUCUUAGAAUAUAUUUAAUUGUAGUGAUUUCUUUACAGAGAUGAACAGAAAUUAUAAAUUUACCAUUCUAUGGAAUUUAUUGUUUUGAGGAUAUGGUCUAAAAAUGUUUGCAAAUCACUGAUUGGUUUAUAACUCAGGAAAAAUUUUUUCUAAGCUGAUUUUUAGAGAGGGAGGAAGGGAGAGGGAGAGAGUGAAACAUUGAUCUACUGCCUCCUGCAUGCUCCCUACCAGGGACAGAGACUGAACCCGGGCAUGUACCCUAACCUGGAAUCAAAGCAGCCACCCUUGGGUGAAUGGGAUGAUGCCCAACCAACUGAGCCACACCAGCCAGGGCUCAGCAAAAAUGUUAAUGUCUCUACAGUGAUUAAAAAUUAUAUUAAAUGCACCCUGGCCAGGUAGCUCAGCUGGUAGAGCAUCAUCCCGACACUCCAAGGUUGCAAGUUCGAUCCCUGGUCAGGGCACAUACAAGAAUCAACCAAUGAAUGCAUGGAUGGGUGGAACAACAAACUGAUGUCUCUCUCUCUCAUAUCAAUAAAUUAAAAAAUUAUAGUA